AUGGGGUUCGCCUUCGCAUGCGCACUUGCUGCCUUGGUAUUAACUACGAUUGCAACGCCGUCUACGAACCCGAAUUGGCAGAUCGGUCAGAAAGUGCAGACUUCAAGUGGGAUUGUGGAAGGACAUGCCGCAGACAAGACGCCUUCUGUUUCAGAGUACUUAGGGAUUCCAUACGCAAAACCUCCAGUCGGAGAUCUGAGAUGGGCUGCGCCGGAAGCACUUGACAGUCCUGACGCGACGAUCAAUGGAAGCAACUUUGGUUUCUCAUGUCCUUCGAAUGGAGGAGCAUCUUUUGCAGCAGUGGUUGCUAAUGCUUCCAACCUCAAUCUCGCUCCGUCUGCACUCCAAGUCUUGGACGAAAUGAUAGGACAAACUGGCGACAUAUUCAACGAAGACUGUCUUACCCUCAACAUAUGGACGAAACCGCAGUCUGAAGAGAAGAAGAAGGCGGUUCUUCUGUGGAUACAUGGUGGAGAGUAUGUGUCUGGCUCGUCGAAUAUUGUUGCUCACAACGGAAAGCACCUCGCAGAUUCACAGGAUAUCAUUGUGGUGUCGAUCAACUACCGCCUCAACAUCUUCGGCUUCCCAGGAAAUCCCCACAGCAUCAACAACCUCGGCCUUCUCGACCAACGACUCGCAGUCGAAUGGACUCGGGACAAUAUCGAAGCCUUCGGAGGAGAUCCAAGACGUAUAAUUCUCGUCGGAGAGUCUUCAGGUGCAGGCUCAGUAGACUUCUACUCCUUUGCAUGGACCCACGACCCGAUCGUCAACGGCUUCAUCGCACAAUCUGGGGUUGCCAACCCAGCAACUCCAGACGUAUCAGCAGAAAACUGGGCCGCAGCAGCUACACUCCUCGGAUGCUCUUCCACAAACUCUACAAACAGCACUGUUCUCUCUUGUAUGCGUUCUCGGAACCAGACAUCGAUCCUCAGGGCUAUUUCGACUCUGCUAAACUUCGGGCCAACAGUCGACAACAUCGUCGCAUUCCCCGAUAACCUCGAACGCGCAGCAGCAGGAAAGGUAAUACGUAAACCAUUCCUAAUCGGCAAUAACGACAACGAAGCCGGCCUAUUCCAAGUCACAUUCGGCGCUCGCGGUAUCACCUAUUCUCCCAGCUACUGGAAACUACAAAACCAAUUCGCUUUCAACUGCGGGAUAUCCGUCCGCGCAAAAGUCGCGGCUCGCAAAGUGCCGACCUGGAGAUACCACUACUUUGGAUACUUCCCAAACCUAGCGUUGUCCACGUCACCGCCGUCCGGAGCGUGGCAUGGUUCGGAGAUUCCAAUGGUCUUUGGAACGGAUCUGGAUGUGCAGAAUAUCACGGGUAGAACUACCGAGCAGCAAAUAAUUGGGGAGUAUAUACAGGGUGCUUGGGCGGAGUUUGUGAAGGAUCCUAAGAAGGGGUUGAAAGAGUACGGAUGGCCUAGAUAUAAUCCCAAAUCGAGAACUCUUGUAAGAUUAGGAUAUCAGAACCUGACAGGCGCGAAUCUUGGAUCUCCUGCAGAUUACGAUAUCAGUUGUCCAUGGGCGUUCCCCCUGGGAAAUGUACUGUUGUAUUCGAAUUCUUCACAGACGGCUAUUGAUGUUAUAGCGGGGUUGACUCGGCAAGAAGCUGAGCAGGUGUUGGAUUUGUUUGAUGUUUGAAAGGGAUAC